GAGUGCGCUGAUUGAAUUGAGAUUAACGAAAAGCAAAAAGCGAACCGUAGAAAAAAAAAAUACAAAAAGUACAUAAAAUUAAAAAAAAAAAAAACACCGACGCGUUUCGCGAAAGGGCAAAUGACCCAUCGGAGGUGUCGAAAAGUGCCCGUUUCCAGCUGGUCGUCGCGUAUCGUCGCGCCGAUACUAAACCGCGUGCAGUUUCGCCCUACAGUGCAAAGGAAAAGUUUGAGAAAAUAUUUAUCGACAUGUGUUUUAACGAGGAAUGAAUUCGGAUACCCGUAGAGAAUCACAACGUCGCUGCUUGCGUUCGAGUAGCGGUUGAAGAUGGCCGAUCUGAAGAACCUGACGCUAGGUGGAGGGACCAAGUACAAUGGAGACGAACAAGUCCAGUUCAUCGCGAGCGGAAGUCAUCAGGUGACGAUCAGAUCACCGCCGCCAACGCUGGGCUACGAGAAUCUCAACAACGCGAUCCUCGGGGGAUCUCAGAACAACAUUCACUGCAGCUGCAACGGGACAUCGACAAAUGGAGCCGUGGCUACUGUGGCCACUGGCGGAGUCCUGGCACGAAAAGUGCCCAAUCACAGCGGAGCGAGUCCUGGCAGCCAGGGAAAUGGCAAACGGCCCGCCGUUUCCCUGACGCAUCUUCCAAAGCGGCCACCCGUCGACAUAGAGUUCAAGAAUUUGGCCUACAGCGUUUCCGAAGGGAGAAAGAGAGGAUACAAGACUAUAUUGAAAUGCGUGAACGGAAAAUUCAGAUCGGGAGAGUUGACGGCGAUCAUGGGACCGUCCGGGGCAGGAAAAAGCACCCUGAUGAACGUCCUAGCUGGAUACAAGACCUCGCACCUCAGCGGUUCGGUGCUGAUAAACGGAAAGGACAGGAACCUUAGAAGAUUUCGAAAGAUGUCCUGCUACAUCAUGCAGGACGAUCGUCUGCUCCCUCAUCUGACCGUUUACGAGGCGAUGACGGUCUCCGCUAACUUGAAACUAGGAAAGGACAUCAGUGCCGUGUCUAAGAAAGUAGUGAUCGCAGAGAUCAUCGAAACCCUCGGGCUCAGCGACGCGAGCAACACUCAGACCCACAGCCUCAGCGGAGGCCAGCGAAAAAGACUGUCAAUCGCCCUGGAGCUGGUCAACAAUCCCCCGGUUAUGUUCUUCGACGAGCCGACUUCCGGCCUCGACAGUUCGUCCUGCUUUCAGUGUCUCAGCUUACUCAAGUCCCUGAGCAGAGGAGGUAGGACGAUAAUCUGCACGAUCCAUCAGCCAAGCGCGAGGCUAUUCGAGAUGUUCGACAACUUGUACCUCCUGGCCGAGGGACAGUGCAUAUAUCAAGGAAACGUCGGGGGUUUGGUGCCCUUCCUCUCAUCGAUGUGCCUCGACUGUCCGAGCUACCACAACCCCGCUGAUUACGUAAUGGAGGUGGCGUGUGGCGAGCAUGGGGAGUGCGUUCACAAGUUGGUCAUGGCGGUGAACAACGGGAAGUGCAACAACUACCAGCAUCAUCAGGCUGCUCUGGCCGCUGCUCAGACGGUGUCGAACGACAUUGCGAAAAAAUCACCACCCCAAGAACAGACCAAGCCCACCGACGCCCCGGCGCUCGUUCCAAACGGGGUUGCAAAAACACCGGGUGGACCGACUGUGAUAAACGUACCUGUUUCCUGCACCACGUCCCUCCUGGACAGUGCCGAAAGCAUAGAGCAGAAGGUUGGCUUUCCGACGAACGGAUGGUUGCAGUUUUGGAUAUUGCUCAAACGGACCUUCCUGUCACAGAUCAGAGACAUGACUUUAACAAGAGUAAGGCUGAUUUCACACAUAAUCGUUGGGUUUCUGAUCGGUGCUAUUUACUACGACAUUGGAAACGAGGCCUCGAAAGUUAUGAGCAACGCUGGAUGCGUUUUCUUCACUGUCAUGUUCCUCAUGUUCACCGCUAUGAUGCCUACUAUUCUCACAUUCCCCAUAGAAAUGGCGGUGUUUGUAAGGGAGCAUCUGAACUACUGGUAUUCACUCAAGGCGUUUUACUUCGCGAGAUCUCUGGCGGAUUUACCUUUUCAAAUCGUCUACUCAAUUGCUUACGUUAUGAUAGUGUACUUCAUGACGUCUCAGCCUCUCGACGCUCGGAGAUUUCUAAUGUACCUGACCAUUUGCAUCCUGACAUCGUUGGUCUCUCAGUCGAUCGGCUUGUUAAUUGGGGCCGCGAUGAGCGUAGAGAGCGGAGUGUUCAUCGGCCCCGUGACGUCGGUGCCCAUCGUCUUGUUUUCCGGUUUCUUCGUGAACUUCAACGCGAUACCGGGUUACCUGAAAUUCCUGUCAUACGUGAGCUACAUCCGGUACGGAUUCGAGGGAGCGAUGAUAUCGGUGUACGGUGAUAACCGGGCGAAACUCAAGUGCUCGGAGGUCUAUUGCCAUUUCAAAAGUCCGAAAAAAUUCCUCGAAGAAAUGUCGAUGCAGAACUCGGUCUACUGGGUGGACGUUGUGGCUCUGAUCGGAUUCCUCAUAGGCCUAAGGAUCGUGGCCUAUUUCGUGCUGAGAUUGAAGCUCAGAUCUCUUCGUUGAUCAGUCGUCGUUACCGCGUUACGUUUUAUCGACAAUAACAUAUAUUUUCAUUUAGCAAAUUUAUCGUUUUUCACGGUCGUUUCAUAACAAAACGCAUGCACUCUGUCGCACCGAAUCGAUUCGCGUUUUGGUCGACCGGUACACACAAUUUAAUUCACAUGAAUUACAUUAACGAGCAGAUCGUUAGACUCACGAUCGGUUAAUCUUUACGGGCUUUUUCUGUCGCUGGGUAAAAAAAACAUUAAUUACCGAACACGGCGACUGCUGGAAUGAAAACUCUGGGCUUUUGCGGUGGUUUGCUUAAUUUUUGCGAUAUCGUUUGAGGGAAUGGCAAAGGGAUCAGGAGUAAAGAGGAAGGCUGAGAGAGAGAGAGAGAGAGUUGAAGGGUGAGAGUAGAAAGGGAAGGAAACACGAUUAACGGGACUUACGGAAUUGAAUUAUUAUUACGAUAUAAGAUAGCCAACUCGAUUCUGAUACUUCGAUGGCUUUUUAAUGAUACUCUCAUUUUCAUGUUACAUUCGUACUGAUCGAUGUAUAAUCAUCAUAUAUAUAUAUAUAUAAAAAAAAAAUAACGCGCGAAGUUUCAGCUAUACACUGUAUGAUUAUAAAUAAUGAUAAGCUGAACUUUUGUUCAACGUUAUAUUAUAAAACGGAACGGCGUAUGGAAGAUGCGACAACGUAAUGAGAAAUGUCGAGAAAGAAAUAAAAAUUCCGCAUCAUUAGUCGGCGGUUUUAUACGAGAAAAAAAGAAGAUAAUAUUACGGUAAGGAAGAGGGGUAAAAAUACAGUAAUAUUGUAAUAAUAACGGUUGACGACGAGGAGUCACGAAACACUUAAUGAUUAAGUCAUUUCUUUAUUUUCAUUAUAGAUACAAAUUCGUCGUUCGCGUUCAAUGAUUGAGCGUGUAAAUGCGACGUAUUUAUAAGUUGCCACGUUUUCACUGCCUGGUAAGCGUGUGUGGUAAAUAAACAUGGAAAACUUUGAUUAAACAAAAAUCACAUAGGUAUAAUACAUAUGCUCCGUGUAUAUGUACGAAGAUGUCGAUCGUCAUAUACCUGUAAUACAAUACACCCUACACUCCGACGAAAAGUAGGAGGAGAAAAAAAAAAAAAAAAAAAUCGUGCAGCAAAUGCAAUAAUUUUCAGUAAGUUUCGCAAAAAAUAUUUCCAACUCAACCGGCAGAUCCGUUUCUAGGGUUUAGAUGAUAUUUUUUUUACUUAGUCGUUAAGAGGAUUUUCGCUGCUGGUCACGAGCAUAUAAAUCGGCAGCAACAUCAUCAGCCUGAACCGCGCUGUUUUGCUAUGUGUAUAUAAUACAAUAUAAUAAUAUUAUUAUACGCAUACCUUAUUACGCGUCGGAGACUAUUUGUAUAUCUAUAGAUACUGUAUUAUUAUACAUUCGGGGAACAAUGAUGGACUUGAUAUUUUAUUUUUUAUUUUUUAUUCCUAUUUAGCGGGAUCUUCAAAUCUGUUACAUUAUUGUUGUUUUCUUGUAGAUUUCGUGUAUGAGUUGCAGACUUUUUUUUUGGGUUUUUGUGAGUAUUGAAUGUUGAGAGAGAGAGAGAGAGAGAGAGAGGAUAAAGAAAGAAAAAAUUAUUCAAAAAUAGGAUGUACGUAAGGGUUAUAAACUACAUCGACACGUUAGAAAUUAUUUUAAUAAAAUUUCAUGGUGAAUUCUACCUGUAAACAUGUAUAUAUAUAUAUACACACAUUACGUAUAUGUAUACAUUGUUAGAAUUAGAUAAUCGAUAUUAGGUAGCUAAGUCAAUAAUUAUAUUGUUAAUUUACAUUAUUAUGUUAUAAAAUAAUGUGGUAGUACUUAAGUAAUACAGGUACGAUCAUCAUAUGAUAAUAACGAUAAUAUCUCGAAUAGCCGAAAUAACUCGCCAGGGAUUUAGAUUCCAUUUAAAAUUAUACAUUCUCCCUCCAUAUAUACUUACACGUGUAUACAUGAUAUCAUUAUACAUACAUAUAUAGCGAAGAAAAAACAGUUUGGAACCUUGUAAUUUUCUGACCGGGCGUAGAGUUCACGGCCGGUGUGGCAGUUACAGUAUAUCGGAUAAAUACUUUGCAGAGGCGGAACAAAAACGUUAAAAGGUGGGAAAAAAUACAUUGAAUAAAAAAAAAAAAAAAAAAAUACAAGAAAAGAAAAAUAAAAAGAAACGGUGACCCACAUUACGAA